AUGUACCAGGGCAUAAUGACAAGCAACCACGGACCCUCUUCUUACGAGGCCGGAUUUCUUCAUAACGCCUCGGCGGGCACCUCUCCGGUUUAUGUCCCCACCACCCGGGUCGUCACACCCAUGAUUCCUGCGCUUCCUUACCUUCAGGCGCCCGGUGCGUCGCAGCAGAGCAGCCCGGCGUCGAGCCACUCUGCGUGGGCACAGCCGGGCGUAGACUCGGUGCCCUCAUACAACCACUCCCCGGUGUCUCCGCGCUUCACUUUCUCCACCAGCCCACCUCUGUCCUCCGGGGUGGCCACGGCCCGGGAGACGGCAGUUUCUUACACAAGCCCGCUGAACAUCUCCGCUAACGGUAGGGAUCACUAUAGCGCUCGCAGUCUGAGCGGGUCGUAUCACAGCCCUUAUUCGGCCUACAUGAGCCCUAACGUGGGCGGAACGUGGCCGGCGUCCCCCUUCGACAGUCCGGUUCUCCACGGUCUCCAAACUGGCGCUCCUCCUGGGACAACAAGACACCCUAACAUAGAUUUGUUUGAUGACUUCGCUGAGGGCCGAGAGUGCGUGAACUGCGGAGCGAUGUCAACCCCCCUCUGGAGGCGAGACGGUACCGGUCACUACCUGUGUAACGCCUGCGGGCUGUACCAUAAGAUGAACGGCAUCAACAGACCUCUUAUCAAACCCCAGAGACGGCUGUCUGCCUCGAGGAGGGUGGGCCUGUCCUGCACCAACUGUCACACCACCACCACCACCCUGUGGCGACGAAACGCAGAGGGAGAGCCGGUCUGCAACGCCUGUGGGCUCUACAUGAAACUCCACGGGGUCCCUCGACCUUUGGCUAUGAAGAAAGAGGGGAUCCAGACCCGCAAACGCAAACCUAAGAACCUCAAUAAAUCCCAAACUGGGACACCAGGCAAUGAGGGGGCUCCGAUUACACCCAGCAGCACUCCCCGUGCCUCCACCACCUCCACCACUACCACCACUGCAGAGGAGACUCGCCAGAUAAAGACAGAGCCAGAAAAUCACAGCUUGUACACACAUCACAGCUCACAUGCACAGAUUUCUGCCCUGCCAGCCUACAUGGCAACUCAAGGAGGCCCCAUUGCUCUCAAGAUGUCCCCUGGAGGGCACAACGGGUCCUCUGGCUCCAAAGCUGAACCCUGGAACAGCCUAAUCCUGGCUUAG